AUGUUCAAUCUUACGUCUCUUGUGCAAAAGGCUCACUCCAUCAUUGAUGCCACCUCCUCUCAAGGUCCGAAAGCAGAUGGCAGGCCAUCGAAAGAAGCUCUUUUCCGCCUGCAGUUCCGUCUCCCAGACUCUCAGACACCGCUACAAGAGAUAACAGCCGAACUCAUCCUAAAUGCAGCCCAUGCCUCAAAACCCACCUUCCAGCCCCCAAUUGAAAAGCAUAGAAGCCGAGAACACGGCGCUUCGUACGUGGGCAAGCUACAUUUAAGUGAAAGCUUCCUGUGCUUCUCAACGCAAGCUUCCAGCUUCCACCCAAAUGCAAGUCUACAAGCAUCAAGUAUCUUUACUGGUCAGACACAAGGGGCAGGUCCUGCUGGAAAUGGCUUCACGCUACCCUUGUGUGCUAUUCGACGAGUUGAGAGACUCCCAUCAGAAAAUAGCCUGUUCUCUCUGGCGAUUACGACAUGGAAUGGCAUGACAGCCUUGUCUGGAAAGCAAGGGAAUACGAGUGAUGCACAGCGCUUUCGAAUCGAGCUUGGUGGUGGUCGGCAGGCAUCGGAAAGGUUCUGUGAUGGGUUGAAGCGGGGCCUCAGGGACGGCAUUAAAGAGGUGGAGCACCUGAAGGCCUUGAUUAGGGAAUGCUACUCUGAUUUCCUACUGUCUGGAAGUACAAAGGCCGAGCGAGAUGCCGCAUUGGUUGCCAACGGUUUGAAAGAGCCUCCAGACACAGGUCUAGGAAUGCUUUUUCGGUAUCCAGGAGACGCAAAGAAGCUAAGAGAUCAAAGCAAGAUCCGUUUGUGGAGAGAAGAAUGGCCGAAAUGCUACGCUCAUUCGACAGCCAACCUUUCACAAGCUGAUAAGAGUGGGGUUGCCGAACCGCUUACGCUCAGAGAUUUGGGAGCUGACGUCUGGAUCGAUGUUUCUGCGCCUCCAAAAGCCAAAGCUAUAUUCUGA